AUGGCAUAUAGGGGCAAGGAUUCUGCUAAUGAUCUUGUCAAUGGUAGUGAAGCUCUUGGGUAUGCUCUAUCGCCUUGGUACAUUGAUGCAUUGAAGAGAAGUAACCCUGAUUCAUACUGCAUUCUUGACCCUAUUGAAGAAAUAUUCCAAUUUGCCUUUGCGGUUGUUGAUGCUGAAACCAAAGAGAAUUGGAACUGGUUUUUAGAGCAUUUAGCAAUCAUUCUGAUGAUUGACCAUCGCAAUAUUGUGUUCAUGUCAGACCGUGGACGUGGUCUUUUGGAUGGUGUGAAAGAGGUUUUUCCAAAUGCGCCCCACUCUUUCUGUAUUAAGCAUUUGAAGGACAACUUGAGUGGCAGAAAUGUGCAUACGCUAGGACUGUGGACAUCUUUAAUGAAAAAAAUGGAAGAGUUCAAGAAAGAAAGUCGUAAUCAGGGUGAGUCCUUUCUUGAAAAGUUGGCACCAAAAAACUAUGCUAUUGCUUGUUUCCCUGCCAAAAGAUAUGGCGAAAUGAGUAACUCUUUGGCAGAGAGCAACAAUAAGAUGCUCAUUGAUGAGAGAUGUAUGUCGCUGCUCCAGUUACUUAAAGGCAUUCGUGUCAAGACUAUGAAUAAGUUUCAUGAAAGGAAGGCCGAAUCUUCUACUUGGAGGUCUGUCUUGUGUCCUAAGCUUGAGAAAAAGCUUUCGAAAAGGUUGGAAACUGGGAGAAACUGGAGAGUCAGUCAGUCUAGCGUUGAUGUUUUUGAAGUGUGCACAGAGGAUAGCAAUGACGUGGUGAACUUGGCUGAGAUAGUGUUCUUGUGCCUCCCAUUACUCGAAAACCUCCCGGAAGACCAAAGACAAGGAGGAUCAGGUCUUUUGGUGAAGAGGCCAGACCAAUGCAUUGCCAAUGCUGUCAUCAACUUGGCCACCACAACAGCAGGUCAUGCACUGCAGCUAUAUGAGCAGUGGCAUAUGUAG